AUGCUGCCCCUCGGCCUCCUCAACGCGGCGCAAGGCCAUCCUAUCCUGGUAGAGCUGAAGAAUGGCGAGAAUCUGAACGGCCACUUGGUGAUGUGCGAUACGUGGAUGAACCUCACACUCAAAGAGGUUGUGCAAUCGAGUCCGGAGGGCGAUAAGUUUGUGCGGUUACCAGAGGCCUACGUCAAGGGCAACAACAUCAAAUACCUCCGAGUCCCCGACGAGAUCAUCGACAUCGUGAAAGAGAACCAGCAGAACCAGCAAGGCGGCUUCCGAGGAGGAAGGGGUGGGCGGGACCGAGAUCACGGGAAUCGCGGAGAAAAUGGUCUCGCCCCAAACCAAACCAACGCCGACGAGGUUUCUUCGCAGCCCUCAUUUCAUUCAUUGGGAGAGCUGCCGAACCCUGAUAUCGGCUCAGGAAGUCUCGGCUUUGGGGAUCUCGAGAUCCCUGACCUUGUUGAUGCAUCCUUCUUGGAAUCUGGGGAUUCUUUGGCUGGGGAGAACAUUGAGGAUGUUGCAAUGGCUCUUUCAAGUCCACAGGUGGCCACGCCACCCUCAGUCCCGCUCAACCCGAUAAGGAACCCUCGCCCUCGCCAAGCCUCUACUUGGAUGCGCCCGGAACUCCUCUCGACGAGGGAGCAGCUGAUGAUCAGGCGAUACGGCACCUCGGAACCCCGAUCCUGCUGCCAGUUUGACGCCUGUCACCUCUCCAACCCCCACUCCCGCUACCGGACCAUGGCGCACACGGCCGACCCCCUACCCCGAAUGCCGGUUUACAGCCACGAGGGCUCAUCUGGAAGUGUUUCGCAAAACCCUACCGUGGGAGGCGUGGAGCCGACGCUUACUCCACAGCUAAAAGAGAUUCGGGAGAGGCACCGCAGGCUCAACCUACCGUACAGCAGCCUGAAAACAACCCGAACAGCGGCGCCUCCGUCGGGUGCCACCACCGGCUUGCCCUGA